AUGGAUCUUGUGGCUGGGGCAGUGGGCAGCAUCGUCACCAAGCUCGGCCAGCUCCUGCACGGGGAGUACAAGCUGCAGAAGGGCCUGCCGGAGCAAAUCGAGUAUCUGAAAAAUGAGCUCGAGAGUGCGCACACGGCUCUCUGCAAGGUGGGCGAGACGCCGCCACAGCAUCUGGAUCGACAGGUCCGGCUGUGGGCUGGCGACGUCAGAGAGGCGUCCUAUGACAUGGAGGACAUCCUCGACGCCUUCCUCGUCGAUGUCGUGGAGGGGGCCGCCCCUGCUGAGACUAAAAACAAGAAAGGCUUGCUUAAACGUCUCAAGAAGAUGGCCAAGUUGUUGAAGGAAAGAAAGGCACGCCACGACAUCGCCGGCGCGAUCGAGGACAUGAAGAAACGACUCCAGGAGGUGUGGGACCGCCGCGACAGGUACUCCAUACCCGUUGCAGUGGCUGCGCCGGCCACCAAACUGGAUCCUCGCCUUGUGGACAUGCACAAAGAGGCAGCACAGAUUAUCGGCAUCCAGAGGACGAGGGCCGAGCUCAUAGCCAUGCUUCAGUCAUCGACCCACGGCCAUGGAGAUGCUGGUGCCUCCAGCAGCAACAACCCGACCAAGAUAGUUUCUGUGGUGGCAGCUGGUGGUCUGGGCAAGACCACUCUUGCCAAGGUGGUGUACGACGAGCUGAGUCCGGGAUAUGAUUGUCGAGCCUUUGUUUCGGUUGGCCGCAAUCCUGACCUGGUGCAAGUCUUCAUCAGCAUCUUCUUUGGUCUCGACCAAAAUAUGUACCAGGCCAUUCGUGAUGUAAAGGACCUACAACUGCUCAUUGGCGAACUCCGAAAAUUCCUUGAAAACAAGAGUUGUGGCGAAGAAAACUUCAUCACUAUCUCAAAUGAGGAUGGAGGAACAUCUUCACGACACAAGGUGCGCCGGAUAGCACACCAGAACAGAAUAUUGCUGGAUCAAUCUCAUCCUGACAGUCAUAGGGACAUGACACAAUUGAGGUCAUUGGUUGCCCUUGGGUGUGAUAUCCGUGGUGUUGUCUUGCAUCCGAGCAUUAAACUCUUACGUGUGCUAGCAUUAGAGAGGUGCACACCACCUAAUAUUCAGGAGUAUGGCAGGCACUGGCUUGAGCAUCUUGGGAAACUAGUUCAUCUGAGGUACCUAGGGCUACGAGGUACAUGUGUCCAAGAGCUCCCGGAGGCGAUAGGAGCUCUAAAUCUUCUACAGACACUAGACUUGGGAGGUAUGAGAGUCAGAGGACAUGAAGUUGACGUCACUAGAGAGCUACGGAUAAGUGUUUGCAUGCUGCUUUUUGACUCCCUGAAGCAAUUUUUGAAGGAGCUGGGCAACCUGAGCCAACUGAGGGUGCUCUCUGUGUCUGAUAUUUUCAUGCAGGAUGAGAGCUUGCAGGCAGUACUUUUGAAGUCACUAGGCAAUCUGCAAGAGCUCCAGCAUCUGUAUCUGGAUUGUGAUGAUCCGGACACAGGAAUUACCCCUGCCUCAACAGAGUGGGACAAAGCCGUGCUUUCGGAACAUCUCAGGCAUCUGCAUAUAGAAAACAUCCAGUUCCCUUGUGUGCCAUCAUUCAUAGAUCCCACGCUUCUCCCCAACCUUUGCUACUUGAAGUUGUGUGUGGGUCAUGUGGACGAGGCAGGUCUGAGAGCCUUGGGUGGGCUGCCAGAACUCCGUUUCCUCCUUUUUGGCGCCGCGGAUUACAAUUGGUCUUCUCAUAAGCAUGCUACGGUAGUUAAUAUUGCUGCCCAUGAUGUCUUCUUCCACAAAUUGAGAAGCCUCAAGUUGUGUCGCUGGAUGGUCCUGCUGGCGACCAACGAUGACUCGACUAGUGCUUCAUUUAGCAUCUGGAGGGAAGAACAGGAUGCUGCUAUGUUAUUUGAUUCCAAAGCAGAGGACAGGGGCCGCAGCAGAGUAGCACCGGCCCCUGUUGUUGUGAUGCCAAACCUCCACGCGCUUGAGUUCGCUGUCCCAGUCAGUCUCUUCUACAAGGAUGGGCACGCUACCCGAAGUGACAAUUUCGGCUUGGACUUGGAGUGCCUCCCUUCGCUACGCUAUGUCGAGGCAGGUCUCGACAGUUUGGAUGCCUUCCCUGAUGACAUGGACAAGGCAGAGGCAGAGCUCAGUCGCCAAGCAGAACUCCAUCCCAAUAGUUCCGCACUCACCGUCGAUGUAUAUAAAGUUUAG